AUGAUAGUUUCUCUUGUCUUCAAGUGGGAUGAAGAAGCCAUUAAUAUGGAUCCCCAUGCAUGUUACGUUCUACGCGUUCGGGGCCGUUGGGCCAUUGGCGGGAACACAUUUAAUGAAAUUUUUGUUUUCUUCAAAGUCAAUAUAGAUCUAUACUUAGUUCAGACUCUCUCACUAGCUUUCGAUCUCUAGUUUGGUCAUUAAAUACAAUCCUUAAUCAUCCAAAGCUUCGUUGACAUUUCAAACAAUCACAUCCGUAAAUCACCAUUAAUGAUUACACCAGGUUUUACCAAUAACUAUUGUGCUACUUGACACUUGAAAGUUGAAUAUUCGACUUUUGCUAAAGCUUUACCAUGAAAAUAAUUUGAACUAGGUUUAAAAUGCGAUAA